AUGGUAAGGAAGGGAGAGCUAAACAGUAGCUCGAUCGAUCCCGUCACUGCAACAGUAGCUCGAUCGAUCCCGUUACUGCAGCACCAGCUCGAUCGAUCCCGUCACUGCAGCAGUAGCUUGAUCGAUCCCGUCACUGCAACAGUAGCUCGAUCGAUCCCGUUACUGCAGCACCAGCUCGAUCGAUCCCGUCACUGCAACAGUAGCUCGAUCGAUCCCGUCACUGCAACAGUAGCUCGAUCGACCCGUCACUGCAGCACCAGCACGAUCGAUCCCGUCACUGCAGCACCAGCUCGAUCGACCCCGUCACUGCAGCUCCAGCUGAUCCCGACGCAGCAGCAUUCGAUUGAGCCCACAGGGAGAGGAGAUCGAUCGAGUAUGGGCCGAGCUGUAACUAUCUUUGGGCCGAACCGACAUCCAUCCUUAGCGAUUUGA